UCUGCUGUACUGUGCACUUACUGCAGCGAUACACAAAAUCAAUCUGCACACAUAACUAUCACAGAUAAUAAUAUUAGGAUUAUAGUUUUUUUGUUUUUUGUAGCAAGGGAAUGUCAUUCUUUUCUCCAUGAGUUUGGAUAGCACCACAUUAUAGACAUCUAAACGGGCGUCUGAUAUCCCCCAGCAUGCUUGUCGUUCAGAUUCUGACCGUUUUCGCGGUGGUCGUAGCAAGAGAGUCCUCGGACACUGGACUUUCAACACUGCUAUCGCUAGGAUGUGACGUAGAAUUUUACAGCUCUUUGGGUAGAGUAUCUAAAUUGACUUGUGAUAACAAGGGCCUGAUGAGUGUUCCUAACGAAGUUCCAACCGAAGUGUACGAUCUUAUUCUUCCCAACAACGCCCUGACUACCUUUCCGUGCGCGGAACUUGACUACCUAAAAACGAUCAAUCUACGAAAUAACAGUAUCAGUCAUUUCUCUUGGAAAUGUCUGAAGAAAUUGCCGAAUCUGUCUGAGUUAGAUCUGUCACAAAACCAGAUUUUCUGCGUUAACCUCUUCCCCGUCAAGUCUGCCCUGCGAUUCCUACGACGGGUGAACAUUUCCUACAACCGCCUCACGACCUUUGCUUCCUGUGAUUUAGGAAUUGACAUGCUGAAGGGUUCAUACAAACUACAUGUAUACACUGCGAUCGUGUGGGGUAAUCCUUUCCAUUGUGAUUGCGACAUAGGUUGGCUCAUUCAUUUGGCGAUAACGACGGAAAGGUGCCGGUACCAACAAACAAGUUUCUGCAUUAACUUGUUUAUGACUAAGACAAUGGCAUAUUCAAUGUAUAAACACCCAGGCUCGUUUCGCUGUAAAACACCUCCAAAUUUAGAGGGCGUAGAACUCUAUAAAUUGGAUAUCUCAAAAUGUUUCCGGAAGCCCUGUCCCGCAGACACUCCCUGUCCCACAGCUAAUUAUGGCGCUCAUCAGCCUAAUGUCACCACUUGGUCUUCGCUGCCAACAACCCACAGCAGGGCAGAACUAUCACGGACGAGUACACAGGCAUUGGGCACGACAGAAAUGACACAGGCACUGGGCAUGAUAGAAAUGACACAGGCACUGAACAUGACAGAAAUGACACAGACACUGAACAUGACAGAAAUGACACAGGCACUGAACAUGACAGAAAUUACACAGGCACUGAGCAUGACAAAAAUGACGCAGGCACUUGACAAGACAGAAAUGACGCAGGCACUUGACAAGACAGAAAUGACACAGGCACUGAACAUGACAGAAAUGACACAGGCACUGAACAUGACAGAAAUGACGCAGGCACCGGACGCCACAGAAAUGACAAAGGCACCGGACAUGACAGAAAUGACACAGAAAAUAUUCAAUGGUCCAUGGUUCUUAUUUCCUAUAGCAACGAUGGUAAUAAUUUUACUGAUGGAUUUAAAUCUUUUGUGUAGACACAUUAAAAUGAGAUCUGAUACACCAAUGUAGACACAGAGUAUAUAUGCCAAUUUGUUAAUUAACUUACAUGUAGUCCCUUUCACUAUCACCCAUGUGAGGGCUUGUGAGGGAAAUUCUAAAAAUCGUUCUUGGCUAUUUCCUGUAGAGAACGUUAACAUACAGUGGAGUCGGUAACAGUCUAGCACUGUUAGUUGGUAAAUAAAGCAAGGAGCAACUUGUAGUUUGUCAUGUCAGUGACAGGGUGCAAUCUUGGAUUAUAAUAUUACACAUAUGACAAAGACAAAGCUUAUGCAAUGUCGAGUAUUUUCGAUGCACCCCAUCAUAUUGCGGAGAUGAGUGGUGAAAACAUAUUGCAACGUAACUGAAAAUGUUUCAGAAACACAGGACAGUGAAAACAUCUAUGAAAAUAAUGUGUAAUGUGACAUAGAGCGUUUUUAUUCCUUCAAAUAACAAAAUGGAUGAUCAACUCUUAAAGACUCAAUAGACCAUUCAGUUUUUUUGAAACAUGGCACCUUUUCACACAACAUGUAUAAUCUUUUGGGAAUUUCUUGUCAAAUAUCGAGAAAUAUUUUUUGGCUGUUAGUACAUAGAUCUGGUAAGAUUUCUGGUAAGAUGGCCAAAUAAGCUUACUAUAGCAUUUGCGCUCAUUUAAACAGACAUCUAAUCAUCUAGCCAUGAUUAACUGAUUUUUUGUAGAUGUAACAGUGAUAAUAGGAAAAAAAGAUAAGUUAUGUUGGUCCUCAUGCCAGGCUGAUAGUGUACUGGGAUGGUUGACACGUGAAACAAUUGGAGCAUGGCUUCUGUCCUGUAUGGUAAUGAUCUGUACUGUUGAAUGUUACUAACAGUAUUCCGACUACUGCAUGACAAGAGCGUUUUGACCAGUAACGUCGUGAGCACAUGCUACAAGUAAUUUGAAGAUUUCAUCAUAAAUUACCAAAAGAGAAAAUAAGAGUUUGUAUCAGUUGUUGAGCGAUACAGGCACCACUGCAUAUGGUGGAUUUUACGUUGUUGAUGUAAACAGUGCACGUUAAUAUUAAUAUAUACCAUCUUCUUGCGUAUUCGUGAUUUGAUGUUAACACACUUAAAAUAAUAACGUAUGCAUUGUCCUUGUACACCUUAAUAGAAAAUACAAUAACUGUUGUUGUGUUAGUAACUGUGCUUUUUGAGACUUUU